AUGGGCGCACCGCCGCGACAAUCCCAACGGGCGCUAGGCUCGACUCUGCCCGUUCAACGCCCCUCGCACCACCAGCGCUCCCUGUCGCAGCAGUAUCUCUCCUCCACGUCUACGUCCCCGACCCGCAAGGACACGCAGCCCGGAGCCGAUACGGCCAGCGAAGCCUCCGACCCCGGCCAGGCUCGCCAUCAUGCCUCCACUCCGAGACGCGGAGGCUCCAAGCUGCGGCUUGAGCUGUCCAACGAGCUGGGCACAGGUCCAACGUCGGCCACGGGGUCGCCGCAGGCCUUCACGCCGUCGCGCAUGAUGCCGAUAUCCGACACGAUGGAGAUCGACACCAUCAGCCCGGCCAUGUCCCGGGCUUCCCAGCAAGACACCGACAAUCUGCCUGUCCCCAUGCCGAAGCGCCGUCCACAGGCCUCACAGCUUCCAGUAACGACACCGCGCAUUCAAACCCCUGCGCCCGUACAGGCGAAGAAAGACGUCCGGCCGAAACCGUACACAGUCGAAGUCCCUAGUGACGCGCCCCGACUCGCGUCGACAAAUAGGCAAGACGCUCUCAACAGCGACCUCUUCAGCAAGGGCCUCUUCUCAGGCCAUGCCGAUUUCUUCCCCUGGACCGGGAAUCACCACGAAGACAAGUGGAGCCCCGAGGCGAUCCAGAAAGGCACAUGGGACAAGGGAAGCCAAAAUGAGACAUCGUCAGCUCGACUUGCCGUCCUGCCAGCGCUGAAGCAGAAGAGCGGCUUGAAUGCCCUAUCCUCCAUCUUCAUGGGUGUUCUCAAUCAGCGAAGACAUCGUGGCCAAAUUACUGCCCCGUCAACAUUCAAACCGCCGCCCCGCGUCACGCUGACCGACACGAAGCGAGAAGUGUGGCUCAAGGACCUUGCCAAUUCGACCAUUUCUUUGCGACGGCUGAGUCGGACAAUCCCGCACGGCAUUCGUGGACGAACACUCUUGGAUCAAUGCUUGAACAAAGCGGUUCCCACCGAGCGCGCGGUCUGGCUUGCCAAAUGUGUCGGCGCCAACGAGAUUAGGGCCUUCAAACGAAAGGGCGCUGGCGGUGGAUUGGUCUUGGGCGGCGAGUGGAAAUGGGUGCGAGACUGGACAGUGUUCGUUGAGCAGUUCGUCGAGGCAACCAUCUCAGCAUUCGGCGAUCCGGAUUGGAAAGCCAGGGUCACCUACGCAAUUCGUCUUGCCACGAAUCUGUACUCGGAACAGCUGUUGGAUCGAGACCACUACCUGGACUGGGUCAUGUCCGGCCUAGAAAAUAGUCCUCAGUCGAGGCUACCCAUGUGGAUUUUGGUCGCGAAAUUGACCUGGACAGAUUUGCUCCGAUCCCGCAAAUAUGGCCGCAGGCUGGUCUAUGCCUUGCUCGGCCACCUACACAAUAUACAAAACGACAUCGAUGGCGACAUACUUAUACAACUAUCAAGCCAAUUAUCGAACUUGCUAAGAACACUCCUCACGGCCUAUCCCGAGAACUUCGUCGCACCACACUUCUGGAUGAAACAUCGGGAUGCCUUGAAAGCAGCCUUCGCCAUCGAUGAUCUUGCCUGUCAAAGGGCUUACAACAGCGUGAACGCGCGGAAUGCGCAGCUCACAGUUGCAAAUACUUCGUCCCCGGCUGGACGCCAGUAUCUUGUUCAACUUCUUGACGCGACUCUGCAGGGCCACAACGACCCGGAACUGGCCAACAAGUGCUGGGCUACGAGUGAAAACAAACCGGACACAGUGAAGACGGUCGUUGAAUGGGGCACGUCUCUGCACCGGCCUGGCCCGGCCAAGACUUACGUGGCUGCGAAGCUCAUCAGGUCGUGGAGUUCUUUCCACAUCAACCCUACAACGGCGGUGUUAGAUCUCUUGUGCGACGUAGCCCAGGGAGACAAGCUACGCAGCAAAGCCAUCUUCAAUCUUGUCGCCGAGCUCGUCCGAUCAGAGCUCUUUUCUGUUCAGCAGUACAUUCAAUGGCUGAUUGGGCGUGGCGGGCUGCAAGAAGCUGCGGACAUUGAUCCGGACGACGGCCCCUGUGCUUCCAGACUACUCAUCGAGCUCCCGCUUCACUGCAUGUCUGAGGCGCAAAAGGCUCAGAGGAGCAACCUUCUUCGACGGGCCGGCCAAUACUCCACAGUGGAGGAAGCGAGAGACAUCGCAAACGCCUUGCAAUGUGUCGACGACAGCCUGGGCUUAUCCCCUCAUCUUCGUUGCCCAGGCGCGCAGCUAAGGCAGGUUCCGCUGCGCAAAUUGCUGCGCAUGGUCGCCAGUAGCAGCAAAGCGGUGCAGACAUCUAUCGGCGCACACCUCCGGGACGUGUUCAACGAGGACUUCCUCAGCAAACUCGACUCCGUCAUCGCCUUAUCCAUGUUCGGCUCAGUACGGAUGAUGCUGGAAACAAUCGAGGAUUAUUCCAUGCUUUCGCAUGUCUUGAAGGCCUGCUCGACAACCCAAGAUGCCGAUCUCCUCGCUGCUUCCGCCGAUACCCUCCAGUCGCACCUAGAGGUUUUCACCUGCCUGGACUCGGCCGACCUGAUAUUCAACAAUCUUCUCGAUCGACACAGAGCUAUUACGCGCGAUCAAGGAACGGUUACGCGGUCAUUAUUGGCUGCACUGGCAGGUUUAGCCCAAAGACUCCCUCAGCGCGAUGAACUUGCGAAGCAAUUACUACGGGAGCUCGCACAGAGCGACAGAAGCAACGCGCUCGAUGCUUGUUCCCCCGUCUCGGACAACAUGGCCAUGCAAACAACGACUACUGAUGGCGAGGUAUCGGAUCAGAUCGACAAGUUAUUAGCAAGCGGCAAUACCAUAGACCAUCCCACCAUGAACCGGCUGUUUCGAAACAUCAUACCCAAACUCGAAUCUGGAUGGUCGAAAGACGACGAGAGUCGCAGGGUGUUUGGCUCACUGCUCACUAGACUGCGCAUCUUCGAUGCACAGCACUUCGACAAACUCAUGGCAGAUUGGGUAAGCCACAGCCGCACCCUCAGAGACAGGCCAAAACUCUUGUGGCUGUUCCCGCUCUUGGCAAGCCUCGGCUGUCUGUCGAUGACUUUGAUGCUUCAUACAGCAAAUGCUGGGCCCCCAUCAAUGGACGACUCAAACUUGGGGCCUGACACAUUACCGCCGUCCUCAGCGGUAUACCAAGGGGAGCUUCUGCAACUUCUCAUAAUGCCGCUACCUAAGGGUGCGUCAAUCGACAACGACGAGAAGUAUCGUUACCACAUACAGCAAAAGGUGACGAGGUCGGAACAUCCAAAGGCGCUCGUGACUCUCAUCCGAAACGCUCUAGUUGAGUACUCGAUGUUGCGCGACAAAAGCGUCCAAGGCAUGCUGCUGGAUGACACAGCCUUUCAAAGCUGCGUUCUUGAGACCCUCCGCUAUCUUGUCGUGGCCGACACAACAGCGGUGGCGAACGCGCUCAAUAUCGGCACCUUACCGGCUGGAGCGAGCGCCAUUGUCAACAAGAUCGUCACCAAGCUGCUUUUGCCUGGCAGCGAUGGUACCGAGCAAACGCCGUUCGAUAAGAUUCUCGGUCUCGCAAACGAAUUGACGAUGCCGUUUUGCCAGCUCAAACUCAACUUGGAUCUUGCGGCAUCACAGUCCGGGUCAGGUGAACAGGAAGAGCAAAGCGUGUCCCAGUUCGACUCCUUUGCCAAGGCAAUGGAUCGUGCCAUCGAAGCCAGGAACAUCAUGUGGACCAGCAUGCUGCCUUGCUUGAGCCAAGACAUUACCCGAAAUCUGAGCAGCCAGGCACACUCGCGGUUUUUGGAUCUCAUCCCGUCAUUGAAAACGGUGACCUCUGAGGAUGAUGCGGCCAGUGAGCACCGCAUACACCUUGCCGAGAACCUCCUGGGCGUGAUUCAGGCGAUAAUCGCUGGCCAGCCACCCCCGAAGGCUGGGCAGCUCUCGCCAGGACUCGUUGAAAAGCUCACCGACCUGUGGGAAAUUGUGGCGACCAGAGACGAGGCGCACGAGCGGGCCCGUAAACAAGUCCUGGAUCACUGGCUGCCUGCACUUCUAAGAUUCAUCACCGUGCAUAGCAUCUCGGCCGAAUCCAUUGCGAUCCCAACUCCGAGCCAGGCCACCCCGGCCAAUAGGGCCGUCAUUUCUCCAAGUCAGGAGGCUAGGGCGCGGAUUUGCGUUGCCCUCUGUGGUGUACUACUCGAACUGGACUCCCGACCAGAGACAGCACGAAGCGCACUACUGCUGGAGAUAUCGGAUAUUGCAGCCAUCUUGGUGGACGGCCUUCCGGACGAUUUACGAAGUCAGUGCGCGAAGGCGAUCCUUUUUCUCCCUGGCACUGCUCCAAGUACAAAUACAACGUCCGACCCACGCAUGUACUAUUUAUUCAGCAUGCCUCAACCAACGUGGGCGGAGAACCUCCGGCUUGCACAUAGAGAUAAGGCGUCUCUUCCUCACAGCGCGGCCGCCAGGGGCAUGGGAGCCAUGUACGGCGUGGUGCAGGAGCGAUUGACUCCAUUUAUGCUUCGGCGGUGGGAGAUUCUCAGCGAGCCAACACCCAACGUCGGGGAGAACGACACAAGCUUGAGUCUGGGCUUAUUCGAGGCCAUCAAGACGCAAUGA